UUCCGGUAGUGUUAAAGUUUACAUUGUGACGUAUGUCAUGUGAAUGAACAUCGUUGCAAAUUACACCUCCAAUAACAACAACAACGACAACAACGAUAACGAUGACAGCUUUCGAUGAUAACAGCAAUGGUAGGGAAAACAGAAAGGGAUUCACCGCCGGAUUACCGCCACAUUCACUAUCAUCCGUUUCUUUUGUCUGUAAAUAUUUAACGUAAUUUUUUAUUCCUGUGGCAGAAACAUUUUUACAAGGAACAUGACAUAACAACGAACACCACACAGUACCUCGCAACUUCAACACUAGGUACCUUUCGCUCUCACACGUCCAAAUAUAUAAUAUAUAUGCGUAUAAUAUAUUUUAUAUUUAUGUGUACCAAUAACACAUAUCUCUGAUAGUCCAACGUAAAGCACAUGACAGCACUCAGUCACGCACUUUAUAAAUAGAUAUCUAUAUACACGAGCAAUUAAAACACAUAUACACACACACAUAUAGGCACUUAACGCACUCACAAGACACGUAUAUACAUAAGCAAUUAACGUACUCUCACACACAUACAGAUACUCAUCUAAAUAACAUCUAAGUUAUACGUAUUUUAUACAUACAUACAUACGAGUAGGUUAGACAGAUACUUAAUUAUAACUAGCCUAAUUGUCUCUUGUUCCUAUAUGAACAAAUAAUAAUUAUUAUUAUUGUUAUUAUGACCCAUUUAUGGUCAAAUCAAUAUAUGAGAGAGAACCGUCCCAGCACGUCUAAACAAUAUCUUGACAAACGGAUUGACAGACAAACAGAAGAUACACAAGGAAGAACGGUCUUGAAGAAAAAUUAAACAUGUGUUAUUGUGUAUCAAUUUAAUUGAUUGAUUUGUUAACAAGUUCGUUAAAUUGUAUAAUUUAAUCAUCUACCCCGAUCACAGACAGUUAUUGUGGCACAUAUUAAAACGGCUAUAAACAACGAAAAUGCCUCCCCAAAGCUUCUGUAACGCUAACAUGUAUAAUGUCAUAAUUUUGGGGUUAGCCUUCAUGUUCAUCUUCACAGCAUUCCAGACCACGUCCAUGGUUCAGAAAACCGUUCUUCACAGUGCUUCAAACACCACAAAGCAAGGCGAUGGUUACGUAAGUCUUGGUGUUAUUUACACAACGUUCGCCCUCUGUAACUGGAUCGCUCCUGUUAUUAUAUUCUUGUGUGGCACCAAGAUCUCAAUGAUAGUGGGUGGUGUCACAUAUCUACUGUUUAUCUUGUCUUUCCUGAAACCAAUAUAUUGGACUCUCUAUUUUGGAUCCGUCCUGAUAGGAUUUGGAGCAGCAGUUAUUUGGACAGCACAAGGGGCAUUUCUCACCAACAACUCUAACUCAGAGACAAUGUCUAGGAACAGUGGAAUAUUUUGGGCUCUUUUACAGUGCAGUUUAUUAUGGGGUAACAUCUACACUUAUUUCACCUUCCAAGGAAAAGAAGUCAUCAGUGACCAAAUGCGAUUACAGUUAUUCGCUGGUCUCAGUGGCGCCUGUGGACUUGGUGUCCUUCUCUUAUUUAUUCUCAGAUCAAAAGUUCCACCUCCACCAUUAUCCACUGAUGAACCUUCCAUGGAUAAGCUUGACUGCAGCCCUGCGAAUAUUGCGGGUGUCAAAAGUACAUUCUUGAGGGCAUUUCAAUUGUUCAAGAAUAAGGAUAUGCUACUGCUUCUCUUACCAUUUGUGUACACAGGAAUCGAACUGACAUUUUUCUCUGGUAUAUACGGCACAUGUCUUGCUAAUAACAAACACUUUGGGGAUAAGGCUAAAGGAUUGAUUGGAAUAUCAGGAAUGGUUAUUGGCCUUGGUGAAAUCCUCGGUGGUGGUAUUUUUGGUAUUUUCGGAAAAUGGACUCAGCGUUAUGGCAAAGACCCUUUCAUAUUGUUGGGAUAUGUGGUUCAUGUAACAGCAUGUUUCCUUGCUUUUAUAAAUUUACCACAUGACUCUGCACAAGUAGAAUCGGAUUAUCCUACAUAUUUUCCAUCAAGUAUUGCUGUAGCGUUAGUCUGUAGCUUUUUACUUGGAUUUGGUGAUAGCAUUUUUAAUACUCAGAUAUUCGCUAUAUUAGGAACUGUAUUCCCAGAAGAUGGAGCUCCUGCUUUUGCAUUGUACAAGUUCGCUCAGUCAAUGGCAGCGGCCAUCUCCUUCAUGUACAGUAUAGCACUUCCACUCCAAUGGCAGUUACUCAUCAUGGUCAUCUUAGGCACAUUUGCUUCCCUCUCGUUUUUCACACUGGAAUGGACUAUAUUUGGAAGACUACCUCUUAAAAAAUACCAUUGCUACUACCACUGCCUCAUCCACCACCACCACCACCUUCAUCACUACCACGACCACCACUUCCUCCUCUUCCUCUUCCAACGACCCAGAAUAUAUCCCACUAAGAAAAAUUGCUUGAAGUACAGCUACCAUGUUAUUCACCCUUUAAGGUAUUAUAAAAUCUUAAAACAAAAUGAUGAUAAUAGUGAAGCUGGUGAUAGAGGUGACCAUGGUAAUGAAAACGAUGACAUUGAUGAUGUUGAAGAUGAUGAUGAUGAAGAUGACGUUUAUGAUGUAAACCAACAAGACCAACUAAUUAAUGGACAUGAAAAUUAAUGAAAUGAUUAACUAAUCAAACAAUGAAACAAUAUUAUGAAAACUUGGUGGUGAAGUUGUUUUUGUAUGAUUUCAAAUACGUGUAAAAAGCCUGAUCACUCUUCAAUUAAAAUCAUUAAUAAUCUACAGUAAAGACAUGAACACCAGAGAUUCACUCUGGCUGUACUUUAUAAAUAUGUGACUUUUACGACAAAACAUGAACUCAUUCAAAAUGACUGAGGGGAACAAGAACAAAAAAAAAGCAAAAAGCGAUAAAAAAAACAAUAAAUUAAAGAAAGACUGGAAAG